CUGCAAACCGACUCACGACUUCCCUUUCGCAAACCACUAAACUUGGAUUAGUGGACCCUAAAGUACCUCGUACUGCCAGAUACCUCGUGUGUAGAACGUCGAGGCUCGAUUCUUCUUGUCUUGUGAGUCUCAGGUCACAGUCUUCUAGUUCCGUGUUCUUCUUUGUACGGACUCCUUGGCAUUGGUUUCGUUCCAUUUCUGAUACACAUACAGUUGUGUUUGUGUACAGAAAACUGCUGUGUCGAAGUCGUUUGUAAAACGCAUUUGUUUGUAGACUCGUGCCGCUGGCGUUGCAGUCUCCAUAAACAUCUAGACGUCAGUACAAACAACACACACCGAGUCGUUUGCACUCCUAAGCUUAUCUGUGCUGCUUACGUGCGGGUUUAACGUUGCUUUCCAGUCUGCACGUUUCCUUCUUUCAUUCACACAUACAACCCUUUCCUCAGUCGUUUCUUCAUUUGCAUUCUUCACUUUGUGUUGUCUUCUUGCCUUUGUCGUUUUCUUUGUCGUCGUCUUCCUUUCUUUCUUUCUUCUUUUUUAAAACGUUUUUUAAAACUAAUCCAUAAUGACUACCCGCCGUCUUACUCGCCAGAACGUCCUUGCGCCCACGAACAAUAACGAAAACACUGCGGCCGUCACACGCCUUACACGUUCGAAGGCAGCCGCAGUGGCAGCAUUGCACGGUUCCGAAAACGCGGUUGUGUCCGGCAAGCAAGCUGUCGUUGGGUCCAACGCGACUGUUGCCACGAAAAAGAGACAUGCUCUAAAUGAUGUGUCUAACUUGAGUUCAAAAGAAAAUUCGGUCCAUGCUGCUCUUGCUCACAAAGUUACAGAGCACCAUGGACGCAAGAGUUCACAUCCAGACGCGCACGUUGCUCAGCGGUCUUUGAAAGAGGAUCAUGGUAUAGAUAUUGGUCCUGAAGCAGCAGAACCACUGCUGAAGAAGCGUAGACAACCCACUGUUACAGUUGCCUCCUCUCAAAAUGGUCUGCGCCAGGCACGUUCCGUCGGUGAAGCUGCGAGCAAUGGUAUUGGUGCAGUGAAGGGUAUCUACUACGAUGCUGAUGUUACUGUCAAAAAGGCGAAGCGAGAAGAGGAGCAUGUUCGUGCCCCUUUGGCUGAACUCUCGAGUGAGCGCGAAGUGCCAACAAAACCUUCAGAGCAGGACUGGGAUGACCUGGAUGCCGAAGAUUGGGCAGACCCUUUAAUGGUCUCAGAAUAUGUCAACGAAAUCUUUGACUAUAUGAGAAAGCUUGAGAUACAGACGCUGCCGUCGCCGACAUAUAUGGAUCGUCAAAAAGAGCUGGCCUGGAAAAUGCGCGGCAUCUUAACGGACUGGCUUAUUGAGGUUCAUUCUCGUUUCCGUUUGCUUCCCGAAACACUCUUUCUUUCGGUCAACAUCAUUGACCGGUUCUUGUCUUUGCGCGUUUGUUCUUUGUCUAAACUGCAGCUUGUCGGUAUCACGGCUUUGUUUAUAGCCAGCAAGUAUGAGGAAGUUAUGUGUCCCUCUGUGCAGAACUUUGUUUACAUGGCCGAUGGUGGAUAUGAUGAGGAGGAAAUUCUUCAAGCCGAGCAAUAUAUCCUUCGUGUGCUCGAAUAUAACCUUGCAUACCCUAAUCCGAUGAAUUUUCUUCGACGCAUUUCCAAGGCCGAUUAUUAUGAUAUUCAGACCCGUACUGUUGCCAAGUACCUAGUCGAAAUUGGUUUACUUGACCAUAGGUUGAUCCGAUACCCGCCUUCACAGCAAUGCGCCGCUGCCAUGUAUAUUGCUCGCGAAAUGCUUGGUCGUGGUCCUUGGAACAGAAACCUUGUACAUUAUUCCGGAUAUGAAGAACGUGAGCUGAUUCCUGUUGUUGCUAAAAUGAUCAGUUACCUUCAGAAGCCCGUUCAGCAUGAAGCUUUUUUCAAAAAAUAUGCCUCGAAGAAGUUUAUGAAGGCAAGUCUAUUUGUUCGCGACUGGGUAAAAAAGAACGCUAUGGCCUUUGGUGAUGAACAAGAAACUGAAGCUACAUACCAUCGCACAAGUCACACUAUUAAGGAUGAAGAGUGGUGAUGCUUUCUCUAGCACUAGAUUUCUCACUAUUCUUUUUGGUUAAGGCAUUGCUUCUGUGUAUUGUAUUGUGUCGCGUGGAAGCAGAUCGUAUAAUUUUAGUUUCUUGUAUUGUCUGUCUUGACCGGUUCUUACGAAAAGAUUCCCGAACUCGAAUAUGUUACUGAUGAUUGGGAUUAUUACUGGAUUAUCGUGUGGUUUACCUUUGUUCUAUGGCCAAAUUAAUUUUUACGAGUAUUUUGUUCUCUAUAAUGUCGUUUCUUACGCGAGCAUGAGCUAUUUCUAUGAGGGUUGGUGUUUUUUGUUCAGAUAUGAUAUACAAAGCACUCGUUUUAUUUAUCAAGUAUACCCUUUUACACUCGUCCGAAGGAACAUGGUGUGUACAAACACUACGUGGAAGAAUUAUCGGUUAAUGUACAUGCUGUUAUUAUUGUUCCGAACAUCUCCGUUAUAGAACGCUCAAUAAAAAUUUAUGAAUGAUUAGACCUGUUGUUAACGUGCUUCUUCAGAGCCUCCA